AUGAAAUUCUUCUUGUUUGUCGUUACUCUUCUCUUUAGUGUUGCCCAAUCACACAAAUUCAGGGCAAAUUUUUUGGGACCAUCGAAGAACUCUUCCUUCGUCCAAAAGGCCAGCAUUGAAAGGUUAACCAAGGUCAUAAGGGAUGAUCUCAACUCAAAGGUUGAUGAAGUGGUUGACCUCAUUGCGACCGACUUGGAAAGGGAACUUCUCAAGGGUGGACUCACCAACUUAUCACUCUUGCAACAAGGAAAUGUUGGCGGCAUGGGAGCAAAAGCAAAGCAGGUUAUAAAGAAGACUUUGGUAGGCGUGCUCAAAUCCGUGGUUCCAAUGUUCGAAACCUGGAUUCAUGACGCCGUGCAACCCCCGGUUGUAGAUAGGAACGUCUACAGUGCACUGAUUCAACCUGUCGGAUUCGGUAUUUCUGAGCAGCUCCACGAAAAGCUGCACAUUGACAAGCCUAACCCAUGGAAGGAGGACGAACUCGAGGAAGAGGAAGACGAAAUGGACGAAGAUGGACUACUGGAUGACGACGACCUUGCUUCAGCUUUGGGUGAUUAA